GUCAGCUGUACGCGUCUCCGCGAGCCGACCGACCCCGACUGCCGGCAGUACCGUGCCAGCUCCCCGAGUGGAAGGUCGCGUUCGCUGCGGUUUAGACCUUUCACCACGUGUUUACUCUCGUUCAACAUUAUCAUUGUUGAUCUAAAUAUUGUGUUGUUUUUCCAACCAGGCAUUUCAUAGGGAACCCGCUAUUUCCUCGAACAGUUAUUGUGUAUGUAUGACGGACAAGUGUGCGAGUUAGCGAUGCCUGGCCGGGGACAGUGUACUCGUCGGUGUGAUCGGUGAUUUCGGCGCGGCCGCUGACAUGUCUCGGGUGAUCGGUUACUUGGCGGCGUGGAGCGCGCUGUGCGUGGCGGCGGGCGGCGUGAAGCCGGCGCCCGUGAGCGUGCCGCGCUGCUGCCCCGCGGGGCAGGCGCUCAGCGCCGACACGCUGCGCCUCGCCGUGCUGCCGGCCGGCGCGGCGCCGUGCGCGCCCGCCGCGCCCGCCGCCUGGACCCCGCGCGUGUACGCGCCCAGCCGCGGCACGCUGCUGGCGCCCGGCUUCCUGCCGCCGCACUGGCGCGUGGUGCAGGGCCAGCUGCCGGCGUGCGAGCCGCUGCGCGUGCUGCCCGAGCACGCGGCACCUUACGCUUUGCUCGCUAACAACGGAUUUAUGCUGCUGCGGCGUGCGUCGGCGCCGCUGCCACCCGACCGGUACUGCGCCGACGCGACGGCGGCGCUCGUGUGCGAGGCGGACGCGCCGCUGGAGCCCAGCAAGUGCUGCGCCGAGGGCAGCGCCUUCAACGGCACGAGCUGCGUGGAGGCGGAGGAGCGCGGGCGGGAGGCGCUGGAGGAGCUGCGCGCGCUCAGCAACGGCAGCGUGGGCGUGGGCUGGCCGGCGUGCCCCGAGGGCUCGCGCUACGCCGUGGCGGGCGCGCUGGCGGGCGCGCGGCUGGCGGGCGGCGCGCUGGAGCUGCGCGCGGCGCGGCGGCGGCGGCUGGCGGCGGGCGCGUGGUGCGCGGAGGCGCUGCUGGCGCAGCGCGCGCUGCUGGCGAGCGGCGGCAGGCGGCGCGGCAGCACGCGGCACACGCUGUACGGCGCGGGGCUGGCGGUGGGCGCGGCGUUCCUGGCGGCCACGCUGGCGGCCGGCUUCGCGCUGCCGGCGGCGCACCACGCGCUGCACUGGCGCUGCCAGACGCACUACGUGGCGGCGCUGAUGCUGGGCGACGUGCUGCUGGCGGGCACGCAGCUGGCGGGGGACCGCGUGCCGGGAGACCUGUGCCGCGCGCUGGCUGUGUGUAUGCAUUUCCUGUUCCUGUCGGCGUUCUUCUGGCUGAACACGAUGUGCUUCAACAUCUGGUGGACUUUCCGCGACUUCCGGCCGACGUCGCUGGAGCGCGGGCAGGAGCUGUGGCGGCUGCGCGUGUACAUGGUGUACGCGUGGGGGGGGCCGCUGCUGCUGGCGGGCGCGGCCGCCGCGCUGGACGCGCUGCCGCCCGGCGCCGCCGCGCCCUUCCUGCGCCCGCGCUUCGCCGUGCAGCGCUGCUGGUUCUACGGCGACAUGGAGAUCCUCGUCUACUUCUUCGGGCCCGUGGGCGUGCUGCUGCUCGUCAACCUGGCGCUGUUCGUGUCCACCACGCGCCAGCUCACGUGCGGCCUGUGGCGCCGCGACGAGGUCAAGUCCACGUCCGAGCGGGCGGCGCUGGGGCGAGUCUGCGCCAAGCUGGUGGUGGUGAUGGGCGUGACGUGGGGCGCCGACGUGGUGUCGUGGGCGGCGGGCGGGCCCGACUACGUGUGGUACGCCACGGACUUGCUGAACGCGCUGCAGGGCGUCUUCAUCUUCCUGGUGGUGGGGUGCCAGCCGCACGCGUGGGCGGCGCUGAAGCGCGCGGCGGCGGCGUGCUGCGCCCGCGGGCGGCCCGGGGCUCGCGCCACGCACUCCUCCACGCACCUGCCCUCCUGCGGCGAGUCGCUCACGCACACCACGCCCGCGCCCGCCGCCGCCGCGCCUGCGCCUGCCGCCGCACCGCCGCGCGUCCCCAUGGAGACCGUGUGCUGAGUGAUACAUUCAACUUUGCCCUCUGAGGCUCUCGAGCUUUAAUGUACUUUACGUACUUAGUCAUAGUGAAUAUUUAUUCUUCAGUAUUAUUUUGUAUUUCCGUAAGGAUUACGGUCGGUGUUGUCGUAAGAUUGACCGCUGAUGAAGUGAUGACGGACACGAACAGUGCGCCUGAUGUGUAGAAGUGUAAAUCUGUGUAAAUAUAUGUAAUUGCGAUAUGUGUCUUUUAUGUAAGAAAGCGAACGACGAAAGCUCCCGAUACGUGAGCUUUGGUGACAUCUUGCCCUGUUAGAUUGGCUGUUGAUCAAAAAAUAAAUGUUAAACCAUUA